AUUAUUUUGCAGCAGUGAACUCUGAUUAUUUAUUACUAUUGUUAUUUGCUGCGCUGAUUUUCAAUUUCAGCCCGUUCUCUUUCAAUCGGUUUGUUCUGGAUGGGGUAAAUUUGGGAUCGGUGUAUAUGAAAAUCGAUUGUAUUUUGCUAUUUUAUUCAAUGGAUUAUAAUUCUAAAUGUACUCGUUAGCUGAAAUUGUGGCUGUCCAUUUUGUUGUAAUUGUGGUGUUUGCUCUGAAGCUUUUAGCUUUUGCUGCUUCAGUAACCAUAUGCAUAACUUACAAUACCAUGAACACACACACACACACACACACAUUCAUGGUAAUUCUGAGUGGGUUAGAAGCAUAUGAGUUGUAGAUAUAUGCAUUUGUGUAUUUAAUGAACUUGAUUUUACUGGGGACAUUUCUCUGUUGUUUAGCCUGCGGUAAUCUAAUAUGUUUUGAUCUUCAAACACGAGAAUCUGUAUGUGACUAUGAAGCAGAUUUUUUUGUAGAAGAAGAGCAAAAGAGAGUUAUGUGAAUAAAAAGUAGGUUAAAGUUUUUCUCCUCAAAGUAGAACAAGUGUUAUUAUGCCUGCUGAAGACAUAGAAUUGAGCUCACUUUAGGUUCUUUAGAUGCAGUGGAGUUUUGGUUGCACACCUUGCAUGAAGAUCAAGUUUAUGGAGGAUAAUUUACUAUUUUUUCUCAACACUGGCAGUGAUUUUAACUGGAAACCUUUAGCUGAUAAUGUUCUUGACAUUUAAAAUUUGCCAGUUUGUCCCACUAAUUAUUUUAUUUUAUUUUUUGUUGGUCAAUUUGGAAUAGAGUUGAAUUGCAUGAUGCAUUAGUCUCCGCUGUUUCUCGAUGCAGAAAGAGAAUUCAUUCAUCAGAGAGCUUUGACAUGUCUCCUUCAUCCUGCUAAUACCUAUACUACCUUGUUGUUAAAAUGAGUGGUGGUCAGUUGUUAGAGCUUACUCUCAGGGAUAUUCUUCAAGUAAUCAAUCCCUUGAGGGAGGACUGGUCAAUAAGGUUUUAUAUCAUCAAUGAGCUUCAAGCUGUUGUUCAAUCCAUAGAAAGUCUCAGAGGUGCCACUGUUGAGCCUUUUGGAUCGUUUGUGUCCAAUCUCUUUACAAGAUGGGGAGACUUAGAUAUAUCCAUUGAAUUAUCCAAUGGCUCCCAUAUUUUAUCUGCUGGGAAAAAGCACAAGCAAAUGUUGCUUGAUGAUGUGCUGAGAGUUUUGAGAACGAAAGGUGGAUGGCAUAAAUUGCAUUUUUUUGCGAAUGCUAGGAUUCCCAUUCUGAAGCUUGAGACAAGUCAUAGCAUCUCCUGCGAUAUCUCAAUUAACAAUUUGAGUGGCCAAAUGAAGUCUAAGCUAUUGUUUUGGAUGAAUGAAAUUGAUGGGCGUUUCCGUGACAUGGUUUUGCUGAUUAAGGAAUGGGCAAAGGCACACAAUAUUAAUGAUCCAAAGUUUGGAAGUCUUAACUCGUAUUCUCUGAGCUUGCUUGUUGUCUUCCACUUCCAGACAUGCGUACCUGCAAUUUUUCCUCCUCUCAAAGAAAUAUAUCCAGGCAAUAUGGUUGAUGACCUUAUAGGUGUGAGGGCUCUUGCAGAAAAACAUGUUGAAGAAACUUGUGCUGUCAACAUAAACAGAUAUCGAUCAGAUAGCUCCAGACUUACCAAUCAAAGUUCUUUGUCUCAGCUUUUCAUGUCAUUCCUUGAGAAGUUUUCUGACAUUAGUGCAAAGGCAGCAACACAAGGAAUUAGCCCAUAUACUGGACAGUGGGAAGAUAUUGAUACCAACAUGAGAUGGCUACCCAAAACUUAUGCUGUAUUUAUUGAGGAUCCCUUUGAGCAGCCAGUUAAUACAGCAAGGACUGUCAGUAAUAAACAGCUAGCUAGGAUAUCAAAUUCAUUUCAGACAACACUGAAUAUGGUUAAUGCGGCCAAUCAAGAUCAGAGUAUGCUUGUUUCUGCUCUUGUAAGACCACAAAUAUCGCAAUUUUUGGUAAAACCCCCUUUUAGAUGCCAAAGUAGCCAUAGCAAUGGGACUCGGCCGCAAAUUCCAAGAGCCAUACAGCCAGCUGGCGGUGUUCAGCAUCAGUUUCAAAACAGGAGAAGUCAGAAGCGUCAGAAUGAGACAAAUCAAAGACCAGCCCAAGUGGUCCAUAUUCCUAAAGUCCAUAGUCAGGUGCAGCAAGUGUGGAGGCCAAGAUCUGAAAGUUAAAAUGUUUCGGACUCUUUUGCCAACAACCACUCAUCCUUGUUUAGAAGAUGAUGGUCAAAGAUUGAGUUUUGGUUUGGUUCUUGAAAAGGUAAAGCAAAAGCUCACGAACUACUACCCUGAAGGCAAUAGGGUGCUCAAUGAUCUGGAGUGUUUUUCACUAUAUUAGUUUCACCCCCUUGUUGGUGGUCUGCAAGAUAUUGAUUUUUGUUAAUGGGAUGCUCAUAAGCAAUUACUCUCUUUUGGCACAAGUCACACACAAAAGGUCUUCUAGAAUAUUUCGUGGUGUGGUGCAAUAUGCAUUAGUUACUAUCAUCAAACGUGCCCACAAAAGUUCGCACCUCAUUGUAAAGACAUUUUGGAGUGGCUUGAUUUGGACGAGCAUUGGCUGAAAGACUGGUUAUAAGGAGGCAUUUUCUGAAUUUUGCUUGGAAAAAUGUAACGUGUGAGGAUGCAAGAAUAGAUAAAAUGCUCAAAGCCCAGUAUCCAUUUUCUCC